AUGCUUUAUGGCCCUCCUACCACCACCCUCUCUUCACCACCACCCUCUCUUCACCACCACCCUCUCUUCACCACCACCCUCUCUUCACCACCACCCUCUCUUCACCACCACCCUCUCUUCACCACCACCCUCUCUUCACCACCACCCUCUCUUCACCACCACCCUCUCUUCACCACCACCCUCUCUUCACCACCACCCUCUCUUCACCACCACCCUCUCUUCACCACCACCCUCUCUUCACCACCACCCUCUCUUCACCACCACCCUCUCUUCACCACCACCCUCUCUUCACCACCACCCUCUCUUCACCACCACCCCCUCCAGGAUUAUAGAACAGACUCGGCCCCUCCUUCAGUAGGCAUCCUCCGUACUGUUGCAAGGCUCGAUAUCCGGGCAUUCCGAGCGGAGCAAGCCCAUACCAAACUCGAACAGGGGUUAAAGUCUGUCCAAGAUGAUUUGAAACGAACAACCGAUGAAUUAGAACAAGUUACUCGGUUAGCGGACAUUUUCUACGAUCUCAGCCAGAGGUUGGGUGCGGUUGUGGACUACUUACUUCGGGAACGUGGGGCAUCAGAGAGCGGUUGUGAUCAACAAUCAGCUAAAUCGAUCCUCGAUUCUAUCAUGGAGUCAGAGAAAGCGGGGGACGUGGGCGGAAAGGACAAGGCUGUCUCGGAAAAUGCUAAGGCCAAGGUACCGGAUAGCUGA